GUCGAAGAUGAAGACGUGCUUACUGGCGGACACGCAGGAGAAGUGGCAGAUGUGCAGCUUGCAGUGGGCUUGCUAGAGAAUACACGAGGAUGACACCCACCCAACACCCGUGGAGGAGAGCUGAUUACCUAAUCUAAGUCUGUCACGUGGUCUGUCUUUCGGUGCGGAUUUGACUUGCCACUUCGGCCGAAUCUUAUCAGAUCAAAACUUGGCCUGCAUCUCUUUUUCGCCUUCCACCAUUAUCCACCUCACAGCUUCAUCCAUCACAACUUUCCAUCUUCCAUUCUGCUUGUCAAUUAUAGUCAGCUGGCCUGACGAACAAAGCAUCACAAUGCCAGGAUCAACCAUUUCGAUCGUUAGACAGGCUUGCAGAGUCUGCUCUCAACGCCGCCCAUCCUCAAGCAUAAUCGCCAGACCCGCAUCCAUCGCUGCUCCGCGUCUCGUUCAACGCCGCAACUAUGUCUCCGAAUCGAAGCCUUCCCAAGCUCAAGUUGCAGACGUCGAGUCCGCCAUCAAGGCAGACCAGAAAAAAUUCAUCCAACAGAGCGGAAAUCUCCCGUCGCAGGUGAAGAUGCCAGGAACCGAGAUGACUGCGGACACAAUGAUGAGCCCUGCUGCGGGCAUCCUCAAGCAGGCCACCGUCAUGGACCAAGGCUCUCGACCUAUUUAUUUGGACGCGCAAGCCACAACUCCUGUCGAUCCCAGAGUCCUCGACGCCAUGCUCCCUUUCCUCACUGGUCUUUACGGAAAUCCUCAUUCCCGAACGCACGCGUAUGGAUGGGAAAGUGAGAAGGCUGCAGAACAAGCAAGAGAGCAUGUCGCGAGCUUGAUUGGAGCCGAUCCAAAGGAAAUCAUUUUCACGAGCGGUGCAACCGAAAGUAACAAUAUGAGCAUAAAGGGUGUGGCCAGAUUUUUUGGGAGAUCGGGCAAAAAGAAGCACAUAAUCACUAGCCAGACCGAGCAUAAAUGCGUUCUCGACAGCUGUCGCCAUCUACAAGAUGAAGGAUUUGAUGUCACUUAUUUGCCCGUCGACUCGAGCGGGUUAAUUGACCUGAAGCAACUUGAAGAAGCCAUCAGGCCUGAAACUGCUCUGGUCAGCAUCAUGACUGUCAAUAACGAAAUUGGUGUUAUUCAGCCAAUGAAAGAAAUUGGCCAACUGUGCCGAAAAAAGAAAGUUUACUUCCACACAGACGGCGCCCAAGCGGUCGGCAAAAUUCCUAUCGAUGUCAACGAAUGGAACGUCGAUUUGAUGUCCAUCUCCAGCCACAAAAUCUACGGUCCCAAGGGCAUGGGUGCCUGUUAUGUCAGAAGACGACCUCGUGUCAGACUCGACCCUAUCAUCAGUGGUGGUGGUCAAGAACGAGGACUUCGCAGUGGUACUCUCGCGCCUCACCUCGUGGUAGGCUUUGGUGAAGCAUGCCGAAUUGCCAAAGAAGAAAUGGAGUACGAUUCGAAGCGCAUUGCCUUCCUGUCCAAACGGCUGACAGACGGGCUGUUGUCAAUGGAGCACACGUCCUUGAAUGGCGACCCAUCCCGACGGUAUCCAGGCUGCGUCAACGUCUCUUUCGCCUACGUUGAAGGAGAAUCAUUGUUGAUGGCGCUCAAGGACAUUGCACUGUCGUCCGGCAGUGCUUGUACUUCUGCAUCUCUGGAGCCAAGCUACGUCCUUCGAGCCCUCGGCAACAGUGACGAGAGUGCUCACAGCAGUAUUCGUUUCGGUAUUGGACGUUUCACCACGACCAGCGAGAUUGAUUAUGUUCUCAAAGCCGUCCGUGAGCGAGUCACCUUCCUGAGAGAGUUAAGCCCCUUGUGGGAACUCGUCCAAGAAGGCGUCGACUUGAACACUAUCGAAUGGAGUCAACAUUAGUACUAGCCACGUUACCAGUGGUGGAUGACGUUGGUACAUGAUGCUUCUUGGUCAAUUGUACAGACAUUCAGUCAAAGCCAAUCGUUUCGGAGGUUUAGCCUUCAGUGUCAGUCUCUCACCAUCACUGGUUGGCUUCUCAACAUGAUGUUAUUGGACAUUACAAAUGGGCAGUCCUGGCGGGAUCUCUAAAUCCAUAGCCCCGAAUCAUAUUUUUGAUACCCCG